AUGUCGAAUGAUAAUGAUAAGGAAAAUGGAAAGGAAAAGGAAAAGGAGGAGCAGUAUUAUCGCUAUCCUAAAUCCUUCUUAAAAGAUAUCUUUAUAGCUUUACAUUCCUUUGAUAAUCCAGAGAGAGAUGAACAUGAAGAAUUUAUAGAUAUUGAAAUGAAAUAUGAUUUGUUUAGUUAUGCUUAUAAGGGAAUUUCUGAUAUUGAAUUGAAAUUUAUGAAAAGUUCUGAAGAAUAUUUGAAAUUGAAGAGCAUCGAAAAGUGUAAAGAAACCCCUAAAUACACUUGGAUGUAAAAUAUAUAUAGAAAUAAAAUGAUUAAUAAGGAAGAUGAUAUGUUAGCCUGUGAAAAAUGGGUGAUUGAUAUUAAUGGUUAAAGAGAAGUCUCCUAUGAAUUGGAAUUUUUUUAAUCGCAAAAGGAUAAGUUUUAUUCAAUUAUAUAUCCACCAACAACUUUGAAGUUUUUUUAUUAUAUGUUUAAAAAUUAUUGA